CAAAAUCCGCAGUGGCUCCUCCUCCUCGGACUCUGUUUGUUCACAAGGCCUUGCUAAAAUAAGGCAUUUUUCUAUUGUUCACUCAUAUCUGCAUCUCUUCUUGCUCCUAAAGUUUUGUUGAGAUUCUGCAAUGACAUUGUACGGACAAGCCGUCUUUCUGGGUUUCUUCAUCUUUCUUGAAAUACACCUUCUUUCAACAACUGCUGCUUCAGUGUGCCCCUUAGACAUGACUGGAUCCAACUAUACUCUGACUGCUUCAAUCUGCUCCAACAAAGAAGACAGAGGAAAAUGUUGCCGCUACAUUAAUGCCUUGAUUGCAGUUUCUGUUGCUCGAUAUGCAAAUGCAACAAGCAACCUGGGGGUUAAUGCUGACACAUCACAGAUUUGCCUAGACAAAAUAGCAGAAAUUUUCCAAUUCCAUGGAGUCAACAGAAAUGCAUCAGUGUUCUGCGGGUUUGGGACAAAAAUUCCUGUCAACUAUGAUUGCCAAGGUCGAACAACUGUAAAUCAGAUGAUUCAAUCUCCACAAUUUUCAAGUGUUACCAAAAACUGCCAAGUCCCCCUCUCAGGGGAAAGUAAAUGCAGAAAAUGCCUCAAUGUUGGCAUCUUGUAUCUCCGCAAUCUAGUUGGUACAGCUAAUAAUAUGACAUUUAGUACUUGUAGAGAUGCAGCUUUUGCUGCUCUUGCAAGCCAAGUUGACAAUGCAUCAGCUAUUGAUAUUGCUCGCUGUUUCUUUGGGGUUAAAGGCCUUGUGAUACCUCCAGGACCAUCUCCAUCACAACUUUCACCAGAGGUAUCUCCAAGCCCUCCUAUUGCUUCUAGUCCCACUCAACUUUCCUUGAAUACCCCUGUUAAGGAAAAUCACCAUCCUUACCACCUUACAUUAGUACCAGUUAUUGGCAUAGUAGUUACAGUCGUGGCUGUCCUCAUGCUGCUCAUCUUAAUUGUUCUGAUUUGGAGGAAAAGCAAAGAGCUGGAAGAUUCUGAUGCAAAUGAUAAGAUAUCUUCCAAAUCCUUCACACAGCAACCAAAAAGAUUCCAGGAAGGUACGGCUUCUAUAUUUACGAAAUACAGCUAUAAGGGGACCAAGAAAGCAACCAACAACUUCAGCACAACUAUUGGACAGGGAGGAUUUGGCACAGUCUACAAAGCUGAAUUUAAGGAUGGUUCUGUGGUAGCAGUGAAGAGAAUGAACAAGGUUUCUGAGCAGGCCGAGGAUGAGUUUUGCAGAGAAAUAGAACUGCUUGCUCGAUUGCAUCAUCGUCAUCUCGUUGCUCUACGGGGCUUUUGCACUGAAAGGCACGAGAGGUUUCUCAUGUAUGAGUAUAUGCCAAAUGGAAGCUUAAAGGAUCAGCUUCACAAUCCAGGUACAACUCCCCUCAGCUGGCGUAGUAGAAUUCAAAUAGCUAUUGAUGUUGCAAAUGCUCUGGAAUAUCUUCAUUUCUAUUGUGAUCCUCCACUGUGCCAUAGGGACAUCAAAUCAAGCAAUAUAUUAUUGGAUGAGAACUUUGUUGCAAAGGUUGCAGAUUUUGGCCUUGCACAUGCUUCAAAGGAUGGUUCUAUUUGCUUUGAACCGGUAAACACUGAUAUCAAGGGAACUCCAGAGGGAACUUUGCUUUGUUAUUUAGGUUAUAUGGAUCCCGAAUAUGUCAUCACCCAAGAGCUUACAGAGAAAAGUGAUGUAUAUAGUUAUGGAGUGGUAUUGCUGGAAUUAAUCACAGGGAGACGGGCAAUUCAAGAUAACAAAAAUUUGAUAGAGUGGGCCGAAAUGUUCAUGACAUUAGAAUCUAGGAUAACUGAGCUUGUCGAUCCUAACAUUGGAGAUUCUUAUGACUUUGAUCAACUUCAGACCCUUUUAGCAAUUGUUAGAUGGUGUACUCAGAGAGAAGGACGGGCUCGGCCUUCAAUCAAGCAGGUCCUUAGGCUUUUGUAUGAGUGUGCAGACCCAAUGCACAGUGGCUUUGUUGAAUCCAUGGAUGAUGAAGACUACGAUGAGAUUGAAGGAAGGGGAAGAACAAGUAGGUCUAGGCUGCACAAAGGUGAGGGAAUAUUUCACAGUGGUGAUGGAAGGUGUCUAGCUUCUUCGUCAAGUACGUCGAGGUCCUAUUGUAGCAGGAGCUUCCUAGUUGAAACCAGUCCUCCCCAGUCUCCACUCUAAUGUACCAGCUAUUUGAGAUCACUGCUUUGACUGUUAAGUAACUUCUUUUUUUAUAACCGAAGAAUCCCCGAGGGCCAGCUGAUGAUCGUUCAAACUCAGUCGGUAAUAGACCCAACCCUCCACCCUUAAGAUUGUUGACUAUCUCUUGUGCAGAUUUUAACUGUAAAGCCAUUACAUAUCAGAGUUUUAAGGUUACUGACUUCACCAUCCUGACAUUGAUGAGCAGCACGAGCACACAAUCCAAAGGCUGUAAUCCAUAGGUCCAUGAAGUUUUGCUUCAGUUCGACUUUUUCCUUGCAAAGCAGCCAGUGGCUAUAAGAGUUGUAUUCUUUUUCCUCCAUGAAUUUUUUUGGAGAGGUAGUAACGAACAACUUUAGUUUUCCUUUUCUCUUUGGUUUGGUUUGUUGUGUUUAACAUUCUUUAGCACUUUACGGGGCUGUUAUUUCUUGUAAGUUAUUGGACUGUGAACUUGUUGGCUUGUGCUCUCUUUACUUGUAUGUUUCCAACAUCAGAAGAAGUUGCGGCUUUCGCGGCUAAUCUGGAAAUAAAAGAAAGCUUUUAUCUAA